AUGCGUUUGCUGGUAGUCUUUCUCGGCUUCCUCGUGGCUGGCGCGCAGUCCGCAAGCCUCAAUGCCUCUGCGCCUACUGCCAAGGUGCUCAAUGGCACGUAUGCAGGCCGCUACUUGGCCGGCUGGGAUCAGGACGUGUUCCUGGGGAUACCGUUUGCGCAGCCGCCGGUCGGAGAGCUGCGCUUCAGGUGGCCUCGGUCGUUGAACAGUUCGUUCUCUGGCGUGAGGAACGCCACUCAGUACGGCCACACGUGCAUCCAGCACACGAGCACGCUGGGCAUCACGGCCGACAACGACGAGGACUGCCUGAACUUGAACAUCGUGCGCCCCAGCGGGUACACCAACACCAGCCUGCCCGUCCUCGUCUGGAUCUACGGCGGCGGCCUCAGCGCCGGAUCGGGCGCCGACCCGCAAUACAACCUGUCGGGCAUAGUGCGGCGCGCCCAAGACAUGGGGCAGCCCAUCGUCGGCGUCAGCAUCAACUACCGGCUCAGCAUCUGGGGCUUCCUGCAAUCGCCGCAGCUGCUGGCCGAAGGCAGCGCCAACGCGGGGCUGCUGGACCAGCGCCUGGCGCUGCGCUGGCUGCAAGACAACAUCGGCGCGUUUGGCGGCGACGCUGCCCGCGUCACCGUCUGGGGCGAGUCGGCCGGCGCCCAGAGCAUCGCGCUGCACCUGUACGCCUACGACGGGCGGGACGACGGGCUCUUUGCGCGCGCGAUCCUCGAGUCGGGCGGGCCCUCGGGCGCAGCCCUGUCCCCGCUGGCCUCCUACGCCGCGCCCUUCGAGAACCUCACCCGCAGCGUCGACUGCCUGGAAGCCGAGGACCAGCUGGCGUGCCUGCGCGCCCUCCCCGCCUCGACCCUGCACGCCGCGCACCCCUCGCAGGUCUGGAACCCCAUCGUCGACGGGGACUUCCUCACAGCCUACCCUUCCCAACUCACCCCCGAGCGCAAAUUCCUCAAGCUCCCCCUCCUCGCCGGCGCAAACUCCGACGAAGGCGCCUCCUUCAGCAUCGACACCUCCGUCGACAACGCCACCGCCCUCGCCCACGCCCUCUUCCCCUGGCGCGCCUACGCCCUCUCCCCACCCACCAUCCGCACGCUCCUGUCCCUCUACCCGAACGACACCACAACGCCCAAGCCGCCCUUCCACGUCCCGCCGGACGCCCCGCCCUUCCCGGGCCGGGGCGCGCAAUGGCGCCGCGCAGCCUCCAUCGGCGGCGACCUGGUCAUGGUGGCGCCGCGGCGCAAGCUGGCCGAGGCGUACGCCGCCGCGGGCCAGGCCGUCUACAGCUACCGGUUCGACACGCCGCUGUGGAACGCCAGCGCCCAGACGGGCGCGAACCACUUCUGCAACGUCGUCUUCUCGUUCCAGAACGUGAGCGGGGCGCUGGGCCCUGUGCCCGGGUUUGAGUCGUACGCGCUGCUGAGUCGCGGCAUUGGCGCUGCGUAUGCGAAUUUUGCUGCUAACGGGGAUCCGAAUGCUGCUAGUGCUGCUGCUGCUGCUGCUGCUGCUGCUGCUGCUGCUGCUGCUGCUGGGGAGGGCGAGGACGCGUUGCCCUUGUGGCCGAGGUAUGAUGUGGAUGCGCCGAAGAAUAUGGUCUUGAAUGCGAAUGGCAGCUUUGUCGAGGAUGAUACGUGGCGGAAGGAGGGGAUCGCGUUUAUUAAUUCCGAGGAGGUUGGGCGAGAGCUUUUUUCGUAG